AUGAAGAAACAUGAAAAUGUUAUUUCUUCAAACCCCAUGCCUUCCACACUUAAAGCAAUAACAAGGAUGUCUAACAGAGCUACUACUACUGUAGCAAUGUCAAGAGAUGAUAAGAACGAACCUAGUUUAUAUGACAAAGUUACAGCAACAAUGAAAACAAAUACGACAAUGGAUGAAACUAAUACAAAAGAUAUAACUACUGCAAGAAAAGGGACUGUAACAACAGAUAUUAAACAUGCAAACAGAAGAGCAGACACAACACCAACAACUUCUGAUGAACAUGAUAAAAGAGACAAUCCAGAGAAAACUACUCCAACAAUGGACACCACAAAUAAACAGACUAGUCAAAGUAAAAAAAGUCAUAAAAAUGACAGUGUAGAAAGAAAUAUUACAGUCAGAGAGACAACAAGGAAACCAACAAAUUCAGAUUACACAACUGAUCCAGUUGGAAUUGAUAAAAAUGAUAAUCUAGAUAGAACUUCUGCAGUGACUGAAGAAACAAUUACGCCAACUACUCCAAAUGAAAGAACUAGUCUUGAUGCAGUUGAUAAAAGUGACAAUCCAGACACACCUUCAGCAGUGACAGAAACAGCAAUUACACAGACUGGACAAGAUGAGUCCAGUCAUAAAACGGACAAUCUAGAUACAAGCAUGUCUGUCACAGAGACAACAAUGUCACUAACUAAUUCACAUGAAACAACCAGACCUCAUGUAGUUGAUAAAAAUGACAAUUCACAUCGAACUACUGCAGUGACAAAGACCUCAAUUACACAGACUGGUCCAUUUGAGACAAGUAAUAAAAAUGACAAUCUAGAAACAAACAAUCCUGUCACCGAGAUAGGAAGAACACCAAAAAAUUCAGGACACAGAACUGGUCCUGAUGGAAUUGAUAAAAGGAACAAUCCAGACAAAAUGUCAGCAGUGACAGAAUCAACAAUUUUCACAACUAGUAUGAAUGACAGGACCAAUCCCAAUGGAGUUGAUAACAGUGACAAAUCAGACCAAACUACUGCAGUGACAAGAGCAAUCACAAAGUCUGGUCAAGAUGAGACCAGGCACAAAACUGACAAUCCAGAAACAAGCACUUCUGUCACAGACACAGGGCAGACACCAACAAAUUCAGAUAACACAAAUAGGCUUAGCAUAACUGAUAAAAGUGACAAUCCAGAGAGAACUUCAACUGUGACAGAAACAGCCAUUACAGAGACUGGCCAAGAUGAGACCAGUCGCAAGAGUGACAAUCCAGAAACAAGCACAGCUGUCACAGAAGCAACAAUGUCAGCAACAAAUUCAGAAUACACAAGUCCUGAUGUAGCUGAUAAAAGUGACAAUCCAGAGAGAACUUCAACUGUGACAGAAACAGCCAUUACAGAGACUGGCCAAGAUGAGACCAGUCGCAAGACUGACAAUCCAGAAACAAGCACAGCUGUCACAGAAGCAACAAUCACAGCUUUCACAGAAGCAACAAUGUCAGCAACAAAUUCAGAAUACACAAGUCCUGAUGUAGCUGAUAAAAGUGACAAUCCAGAGAGAACUUCAACUGUGACAGAAACAGCCAUUACACAGACUGGCCAAGAUGAGACCAGUCAUAAAAGUGAAAAUUUAGAAACAAGCACAGCUUUCACAGAAGCAACAAUGUCAGCAACAAAUUCAGAAUACACAAGUCCUGGUGUAGCUGAUAAAAGUGACAAUCCAGAGAGAACUUCAGCCGUGACAGAAACAGCCAUUACACAGACUGGCCAAGAUGAGACCAGUCAUAAAAGUGACAAUCUAGAAACAGAUGACACAACCAACACUGAUGGGAUUGGUAAAAAUGACAAGCCAGACAGAAGUACAGCAGUAACAGAAACAGCAAUCACAAAGUCUGGUCAAGAUGAAUCCAGCCCUAAAAGGGACAAUCCAGAAAUUCUUUUUUCCAUGACAGAAUCAAUAAUUACACCCACUAUUCCAAAUAUCAAAACAAAUGCUCCUGCCAUUACGAUCACAAGGACACCAACAAAUUCAGAUUACACAACUGGUCAGGAUGAGAUUUAUAAAAGUGACAUUACUGACCAAAUCUCUGCAAUUACAAAAGCUACAUUUACACCUUCUAAUCUGAAAUAUAAAACUAAUCCCGAUGGAAUAUAUAUAAAUCAGAAUUCAGAAACAGGAACUCCAUUUGUAGAGAUAAGUACACCAAUGAAUUCCGAAGAUUCAACCAAUCCUGAUGGAAUUAGUAAAAGUGACAUUCCAGAAUCAGCCUCUCCAGUCACAGAGACAACAAUGACAUCAAUAAAUUCAGAAGCCCCAAUCAAUCCUGAGAGAAUUGAUAAAAAUGUUGAUCCAGGCAGCACUAUGGCAGUGAUGGGAACAACAAUCUCACCAUCUAAUUUGGAUUACUCAACCAAACCUGAUAGUAUUGACAAACAUGACAAUCCGAACAAUACUACUACAGUCAUAACUGCAACCUUUGCACUGACUGAUCACAAUGGUACACCCAAUCCAGAUGAUAUCAUUACAGAUGUCAAACCAGAUAAGACUAUGCCUUUUACAGGCACAACAAUUGUUACUAAUCAGGAGGACAAAACUGCUCGUGGUAAAGAUGAUUAUGGUGACAAUCUAGACGGGACUACUGCAGUGACAGAAAUAGCAGUUACACACACUGAUCCAGAUAAUAUAAUCAAUCCAGAUGAUAUGAUCAGACAUGACAACCUGGAUAAGAUUAGUGAUGUUAUAGGUACAACAAUUACAGUGACUAAUCCAGAUAUAACAAACAAUGACAAGUUUAAUACAGUUACAAAGCCAACAAUUGCAGAGAUUAAUCCAAUGGGUACAACCAGGUCUGAUAACAGAAACAUCUUCCUAACUGGAACGACUGCAGUCAUAAAAGCAAUGACAAUGGACCAAAGAAGUGACAUGUCCAUUCCUGAAGUUAAUGUUAAAAAUAAGAGACUAAAAGAAACUACAAUAAACAUGGAUAUUAUAAGAAAAUAUAUUGAUAUAUCAGGAAAGUCACCUUCUCCCAAUAGUGAUGCUAUCAAUGGACUGGAAACAACUGCAACAGUUGCCAAGACAACAAUAGCACAAACUGACACACAGACAACUUUCAGCGUCACAACAGAAUCUAAACCUUUAAGUAAUUCUGCUAAUUUUGAGGGAGAUGACAGGCCAGGCAGUAACACCACAAAAACUACAGCUAUCACAACAGAAUCAAAUCUUAGUUUACCUAGCCCAAAUGAUAAUGAUAAAAAGAGAAGGGCAGACACCAUUACCAAAAUUACUCGGACAUUAACUAUUGAAACUACAACCUCCCCUCAAAUAAAUAAACCUGAACAUCCAGACAUAAUAACUAAUAAAAAAAUUAAUCUUGUUUCAGAUAAAGGAACCACAAAAGAAAACCCAACUAACAAGAAUACAGUAACACAAGUAAGUACAACUUCCAGCACCCUAUCUUCUACAACAAACAAAAUUACAUCAUAUUCCUGUACUUGGUCCACUAUUGUUAAACCUACAACACAAAGGCAAGUCACCUAUUACUCCAGUCCAAGAGAUGCUACCAUUUCCACAAUUAUAUCUCCACAGAUGAUUAUCAACAAGACUACAACCUAUGUUCAACCAGAAAAGAUUGCUACACCGCUAUUGUACAAAGAUGUACCAGAAGAGAUGAACUUGUGUAAUAAGAAGCCUGUAGAUGGGAUUGUCCCUCUACAAAAUGGAUCACUUGCAGUGUUCAGAGAUCAUUAUUACUGGCUGCUAAAUGGAACAAGUUCACCCUCCCCUCAACCUCGUAAAAUCUCUGAGGGAUGGCAUAUCCCUUCCCCCAUUGACACUGUGUUCUCCAGAUGUAACUGUGACGGCAAAACCUUCUUUUUCAAGGGGUCCCAAUACUGGCGCUUCACCAAUGAUGUAAUGGAUGCUGGCUAUCCUAAGCUGAUUGUAAAAGGAUUUGGAGGACUGAAUGGGAAAAUUAUCGGAGCUCUUUCAGUAGCUCACUACAGAAGCAGGCCAGAAUCUGUGCAUUUUUUCAAAGAAGGUGGCAAUGUUCAACAAUAUAUCUACAAACAAAAACCAAAGAAGUGUAAGAAGAAAGUUGUAACUGUGAAUUAUCCAGUUUAUAAACCAAAGACUUUGGUUCUGAGGCAGAGACGCUUUGGACGUGCAGUACAAUCUCGUCAGAUCUUCCGUAGAAUCCGGAUAAGGCAGUACCCAGUCAUUCGGAUCACCCAUCAUUCGACAGGCAUGGUCCUUGUUUUGCCUUGUUUAGAGGCUACGCACAGGGGCUUUUGUGCCAUUAAAAUAUCUUCUGAAUGGUUUUAUAUCAUCUUUGUAAUUUCAAGAGAUUGUUUUGUGUUUGCAGGAGUACUGCAGCCAGAGGUUAAAAUUACAUCAUAUUGGAGAGGAUUUCCCAAAGAAUUUAAUUCUGCUAUUUCUGUUCCUAAUGAGGAGAAUGGGGAUGGAUACGAUUACUAUGCAUUUGCUAAAGAUAACUACUACAACUUGGAUGUGGGCAGCAGAAUAGCAAGACCAGUUACAACGCAAACUGGGCAGACGGUGUCCAAUGCUUGGUACAAGUGUCCUGCAUAAUAACUUGGAAACUCAACCAACCUGAAAGAAAUGCUUUUGUGUGACAGUUUCUCUAGUUUUUAUUAAUAAAGACAAUCAACUGUACAUACAACAAUCAUUUUUAACAUUUAAAAAAGACUGCUUUAAGCUUGGCAGCUAUUAUACUAAUGCAGAAGAAAGGCAGACUAAACCGUAUACAUCAAUUCCAAAAUUUGUACAGCAUUUAAUUAAUGUUGCCUCUGUUCA